ACGUUUUGAGAUUCGGUAACGCGGGUAGAUAGAAUUUUGAAUAACUACAAUUAACUGCACAAAUCGUAAGCCCUACUUGUAUCGUAAUUAUUAGUUAUAAAUUCAUCUCAGCUACAGGAAGUCCACUGCUGAACAUAGGCCUCCCCCAAGGAUCUCUCAAGGAAGUUAUAAAUUCAGUGUUCAUAAUAAUAUCUGAAAUGGCAACAGAAGAUAACGAGAGCCAACUAACACUACUAGAGGAAGAAAACAUGACGAACUGUUUCAUCGACGAUUAUUCUCAUCUACGCUUAUCAUACUACCAGCAUCGACUAUCCUCUAGUAAUGAGUCUGAAGCUAGUGACUAUGUGAUAGUGUCUAGUGGUGACACGUCAGAAUCAAGUGACUUUGUCAUGGUGUCAAGUGAUCAAACAGACUUAUCCCGUUAUUCAUUAGAAGACUCACGUACGACUGAACAAACCGAUAUCAGCGAUACGUCAAUCAAAAUAGACGAGCGACAGAUACUUCGCGAUUAUUAUAUUUCUCAAAUCCCGGAUUUGCCUCAUCCCUCGUUCACUGUAGCAUCCAUAAUCGCAUCUGCGUCUCAAAGGAUGGGCGGUGUUCACUUCAAAUAUAAUGAUAGAAUAGAACAAGGAGACGCGGGUGAUCAGGUGGAUGUGGAAUUCUCGCCGAGCCGCAGAUCGACUUUGAUACAAGGACAAUUUCUGACUAAACACUAAUUAAUUUGUUGAAGAUAUUUAUGUUUUGUAUUUUUCUAUUUUAUUUAAACUUAUAUAACUUAUUUUAUUUACUUAGUUUAUUAUAUUUUUCUUAAAUAUAUUGCAUGAUAUAAGGUUUGAAUCACAUUAAUGUUUCCAAAAUGAUAAAUCACAUAUUAUAAGCACAAAAUUAUUUUCAUUCAAUAAUAAAAUGAUCUGUAAUAAAUAAUUUCGCAUGGA